AUGAACGGUUCUCAGCAAACAAAAGAGUCGGCAGCACAAAAAGCUUCGCAGGGCGCGCCGGCGCUAGCGCCCCCAACGACUGCCAGCAACGGCACCUCCAGCCUGUUCAACAAGAGGAGGAAGGAUGGCCUAAAGCCCAUCAUCACGAAUGAAGGCACUGGUUCUGGGGCCGCUCAUUUGACAUCCGUCAUGACCAACUCCCCGACCUCGUCGUCCGACCCUGAGGAAGCCGAAGAGAACACCGCUGAGGAGGAGGAUUCUGAGGACUACUGCAAGGGAGGAUACCACCCCGUGACCAUCGGCGAAAAGUUCAAGGACGGGCGAUACACGGUCAUCCGAAAGCUUGGUUGGGGCCAUUUCUCGACGGUCUGGCUAUCAAAAGACAACCACACCGGCAAGCACGUCGCGCUCAAGGUUGUCCGCUCCGCCGCUCACUACACCGAAACCGCCAUCGACGAGAUCAAGCUCCUCAAUAGGAUUGUUCAGGCCAACCCGAACCAUCCUGGUCGCCAAUAUGUUGUCAGUCUACUAGACUCAUUUGAGCACAAAGGUCCCAACGGCACCCAUGUGUGUAUGGUCUUCGAGGUGCUCGGCGAAAACCUCCUGGGCCUAAUCAAGAGGUGGAACCACAGGGGUAUCCCUAUGCCGCUGGUCAAGCAGAUCACGAAGCAGGUGCUCUUGGGUCUGGAUUACCUCCACCGGGAGUGCGGCAUCAUCCACACAGACUUGAAGCCAGAGAAUGUCUUGAUCGAGAUUGGAGAUGUCGAAUCGAUCGUGAAGCGUGUGGUCAAAGACCCACCUCCGGAAGGCGAGAACAAGCGAAACGGUCGUCGGAGGCGAAGGACGUUGGUCACCGGCAGCCAGCCCUUGCCUUCGCCCCUUAGCACGAAUUUCAAGGACAUCUUCCCGUCGCCGUCACAGAGUCUUGGGCAAGUACUGCAUGAAGGCUCCAAGUCGAAAGACGACGCCGAGGGAGAUAAGGAUGCCCAAAAGGAGCGCGAAAAGUCUGCUGAUCUCCUGUCAAAAGAGGUUUCUGGCAUCUCGCUUGACAAGAAUAACAACGAGAAGCGCAAGGCCAACGACAUGCAAGGCUGUGAGAUCAUCAAGGUCAAGAUCGCUGAUCUCGGCAACGCUUGCUGGGUUAACCAUCACUUCACCAACGAUAUCCAGACACGCCAAUACCGGUCCCCUGAAGUCAUUCUCGGCGCUAAGUGGGGAGCUAGUACCGAUGUUUGGAGUAUGGCUGCAAUGGUCUUCGAGCUCAUAACGGGCGACUACCUCUUCGACCCUCAGUCUGGGACGAAGUACGGUAAGGACGACGAUCACAUCGCCCAGAUCAUUGAGCUCUUGGGACCCUUUCCGAAGUCCAUGUGCCUGUCGGGCAAAUGGUCACAAGAGAUCUUCAACCGGAAGGGCGAGCUCCGCAACAUCCAUAGAUUACGGCACUGGUCCUUGCCUGACGUGCUCCGCGAGAAGUACCACUUUAAGGAAGAAGAAGCGAAGCGCAUCGCGGAUUUCCUCCAUCCUAUGCUCGAGCUUGUCCCAGAGAAGCGCGCUAAUGCCGGCGGUAUGGCUGGACAUAGCUGGCUCGACGAUACUCCCGGUAUGGAGGGCGUUAAGGUCCCCGGUGUCCAACCUGGCAGUCGUGGUGAAGGUAUAGAAGGGUGGGCGUGUGAGAGUCGGAGGAGAUAA